AUGAACGCGGCUGUGAUUGAUGUUCUCCAGCGUGCUGGUAGCCAGGAUCCAAGUGUCUUGAAACCAGCUGAACAAAUGCUGAGAGAAUGGGAAACACAGAGUGGAUUUUAUACUGCUUUAUAUAAUGUCUUUUCUAACCAUACAUUACCUGUUAAUGUGAGAUGGAUGGCUUUAUUAUGUUUUAAAAACGGUGUCGAGAGAUAUUGGAGGAAAAACGCCCCAAACGCAAUAGCAGAAGAAGAAAAAGAAUUUUUACGGCGUAGUCUCAUAGCAAGUUUUGAUGAGCCAAUAAAUCAAUUAGCAACUCAUUUAGCAGUUGUGAUUGGAAAAAUAGCCAGGCUGGACUGUCCACGUGAAUGGGACACAUUAGUACCUACUUUAUUGGAAGUGAUACGCGGAGAAAAUUCAAUAGCAAAACAUCGUGCGUUGUUAACACUUCAUCAUGUUGUAAAAACCUUAGCGUCUAAACGUUUGCUUGCAGACAUUAAAUUAUUUGAACAAUUAACGACGAAUAUGUUUAAUUUUAUUCUUAAUAUAUGGAAUACAUAUACUGAAUCAUUUUUUAUAUUGGCAUCGAAUGCAGCAGUACCAGAAAAUCAAAUACAAGAAGCAUUAGAAAUGGCAUUACUGUCUUUAAGAAUUUUACGAAAACUAACAGUAAAUGGUUUUUACAAUAUUUCAAAGUCUGAAGACGCAAUGAUGUUUUUAAAAGUCAUCUUUUCAAAAGCGAAAGUUUGUUUAGAGUGUCGCAAAACAUUAAUGUGUCGCGGAUUCCAGGUUGAGUCACUUGAAAAAUUUAUUAUACAUUUGACCAAAGUUUUAAAUGGAGCAUUAAAUAAUCAUCCAAAAUGUUAUGUUGAAUUUAUACCAGCUUCAUUAGAAUUUACAUUUUUUUAUUGUUUUACCGAGGAUGGAAAACCAUUGACAUUUGAAAAAUUUGUUAUUCAGUGUUUGAAUCUUAUGAAAGCUAUAUUAAUUCAUUCAGACUACAGAAAAAUUACCGCUGCCGACGUUAAUUGUCAAAAAGAUGAUAUUGCCCAGCGUGUACAUCAAUUAAAACAAGAAUUUUUUACUCCAGAAGUAUUAAAAGAAAUCUGUUCAAAACUAGUUACUCAUUACUUUUUACUUACUCAAGAGGAUUUACAAAUGUGGGAUACUGAUCCUGAAAAUUUUGCUGUUGAAGACUCACGAGAAUCAUGGAAAUAUAAUUUACGAGUGUGUACACAAACUGUUUUCUUGUCAAUAUUCCCACAAUCGAUUAAUGUUAUGUCAUCUGUGUUAAUGGAUUUAAUGCAGAGAUAUCAUCAGCCCGUAGAUCCAAAUGAUUGGCGGGCUAUUUUAAUGAAAGACGCAGUUUACCUUGCCGUUGGUCUCGUCGCAUUUGAUCUUUAUGAUGAAGUUAAUUUUGAUCAAUGGUUCUCGACAACACUUAGACAAGAAUUAGAAGUUAAAAGUAAUAAUUAUAGGAUUAUAAAAAGACGAGUUUGUUGGCUUAUUGGUCAAUGGACAAGAGUUAAAUUGAGCGAAAAAUUAAUUCCUGAACUUUAUAAACUGAUGAUUAAAGCUUUGAGCUCUGAUGAGGAUCUGGUUGUGCGAUUAGAGGCUAGUAACACAUUGAAACAAGCAUUAGAUGAUUUCCAAUUUCAUAUUGAUGAAUUUAUGCCCUUCCUCGAAACGACAUUUUUAUUACUGUUCAAUCUUUUACGAGAGGUUACUGAGUGUGAUACCAAAAUGCAAGUUUUAUAUGUGUUGUCAUUUGUAAUAGAACGAGUUGGUAACGAUAUUCGGCCUUAUGUUGGACCGCUUAGUGCUUAUUUACCACAACUUUGGGAAAUUUCAGAGAAACAUAAUAUGAUGAGAUGUGCCAUAAUUUCUACUCUUGUACAUUAUGUAAAAGCUUUACGUUCAGAAUGUAUUAUUGUUGAACCAAUGAUUGUAAGUAUGGUGGGCUUAAGUUGUGAUCUCAAUCAAGAUGCUCAUGUGUAUUUAAUGGAAGACGGCUUAGAGUUAUGGCUGGCACUUCUUGAAAAUAUUGCUACGCCUACACCCGGAAUUAUGGAGCUUGUUCAAAAUAUGCCGGCUCUUUUAGAUUUUGGUUUAGAUCAAGUAACUUUUAAGCCGGCUAUUAAUAUUAUUCAAGCGUAUAUAUUAUUAAGUCCGCAAGACUUUGUAGGGGAAUUAGGAAGUCGUAUAAUUGGAGGUAUCAAAUCUAUUAUGUCUGACUUGAGAUCACAAGAUGCCUUACCGGUAAUGGAAUUGUUAGAAACAAUAUUAAGGGUUGCUCCAGAACAAGGAGCUCAAUUGAUUAAACCUAUCUUAACAAAAAUUUUCAAACUCGUUUAUUUGGGUGAGGAGGAUCAAGUUAUAAUGAUGAUGAGUAUGGGUCUUAUCAUUACGUCUCGUGUAUUACUCAAUGCAAGAGAUAUCUUCGCUCAGGUAAUAAGUGAAUUAGUAAAAGAAAUCGGCGGUGAGGAAAACGAAGAAACAGUAAUGGCUCGGAUAAUAGAUGUGUGGCUUGUUCAUAUGUCAUAUGUCACUCAAUCUGAGGGAAUGAAAAUUCUUGCAUUAGCUUUAUGCUCUCUUCUCAAUGCCAAUAGUCCACCUGUUGUGUUUCAAAAUUUCUCAACAAUUAUUGGCAGUAUUGUUGAGGUUUUAAAUGAUAUUAUGAGACUUGACGAUAUGGAGCUUUAUAUUGAUUCAUUAUUAUUGGUUAAUAAUGUAGCAGAUGAGCAUGCAUCAUCUGUUGAAGAGAAUGGACAGCAUAAGACUGAACAUCAAUUACGAUUAAAACGAUUAGACUUUGAUGAUCCAGUUCGUACUGUUUGUCUAAAAGAAUUUCUACAAAAUCAAGUAACUGAACACACUGCGGAGAAUCAUGAGUAGCAAUCAAUUUGAUCAAAUGAUUGCUACAUUAACGCCGGAAACCGAUCAACAAUUACGGGAGUACAUUACUCUUUGA